CCCUCACUCUGUAGGAACUGAGAAGGAAACAACUAGAGCUGUGUGAUUGCAAUGAACGGGGAACCCCCCCCUUCUCCCUAUAGCUCCCAUCUCCUCCCUACAAAAUCAAAGAGGGUCAUACAGGGGUUGCACCACCCACUGCUGCUGUUCGUUGCUUCAGAAAGAAGAAAAGGUAUCAUUCAGCUGUGGGGUGAUGGUCCACCAUGAGCAAGACCUCAUAGUCUUCGGAGCCAUUUCCCAGUUCAAGACCAGGCAUCUUGCUGUGUGUGCUCACUGCAGAAUGGGAAGGAUCCUAUCUUUGCUGCUUUGGAACAUUCCCUCUGACUCCAGCUGGGGAGUAAUUCCAACAGCAAUACCAUCAGCCCUGCACAAGUGUUUUGAGGGUUGUUUUCCUACCAAGAAUUGCUCCUCCUGUUCCUGGUGCUGUUGCUCUUUUUCCUUAGGAUGAUUUCACCAUUUCUCAAUAUUUCUAAAUUCGCUGCAGGAAGAUGUGUGCCGUGGCCCAGGGCUUGUCAGGACAGCUCUGCAUCUGAAACAUCAUUUCUUGUCCCACCUGGAGCUGAACCACCCACUUAUUACUUGCCGUGACCUGGGCUGAUCCCUCAGCACAGCAGCAGGAAUCAUAAGACUUCUUUUUUUUUUUUCCUCCUCCUAAAUGACAGCAACGUGUAUUUGGCAGCAGAGCUUUUAUAAGGGGGCAAACCAAAGGCGGUGGUGGUACCUGUUCCUUGUAAGGAUGUGCAGGGCUGCACUUUUGGUGAGAUGCAGGAGGGGCUGAGUGCAGUGGUGCUGCACUGGCACAGCUGCCCAGAGGGUCACCAUCCCUGGAGAUGAUCCAGAACCAUGGGGAUGUGGCACUGAGGGAUGUGGUCAUGAGCAUGGUGGGGUGGUUUGGGGUUGAACUUGGGGAUCUCAGCGAUCUUUUCCAACCUGAAUGAUUCAGGGCUGCCCUUGCAGGAUGGCAGUUGGACCACAUGUGCCCUGCCUGAGGAUGAUGCCUGUAGGUGCUGGGGACAGGCUGUACCCAUUGUGCGGUUUUGUUUUUUGUUUUAAUGAGUCACUAAGAUAUUUGAAACAUACCUCUGACCUACUGAGUUCAGUUAGCACCUACGCUUCAUAAAUCAUAGCAGUGUCCUGCCAGCUGCUGGCUUAAUAAGGCCCCUGACUGCAUGGGAAAUGCUAUGACACUGUCAAGUGAUAUCUGAUCCCUGAAGUGAACAGACUGAGCUCUUUAAAAACCUCCACUGCUGUAAGAAAUGCAAAGUUCUGAGCAGAGCACCCUCAGGGCUGUGAGGAGCUCAGCGUUCAGAGGCAGAGGUCCAGGUAAGAGCACUUCCCUUGUAUGAAAGCAUUCUGUGCGACCCAUCUGUUUUUCUUUACCUUGUGAAAACGUGUGGAUGUGUUUGAAUUAACCACCAUUGGAAACUGAAAAGAAAAUCUUCCUUCAUUUGGACUCGUGCUCAGUGCUUUGGAUGCUGUAAGCCAUCAGAGGUGAGCUGUGUCUGCUGCCUUCCCAGCUCUGAAGCCAGCUCUCACCACCAUAGCACCUCUGUGCUGAACUAUGAGACCACUCAGAGGCAGAGGCUGAUGGCUACAUCCCAUGGUAGGGUUGGUAAGGAUACAAGCCCAUGUCCUGUUUGGUAUCGUACAAGCUAAUUCCAGUCAUUUCUUCUGGCAGGAGCUUGUUCUCUCUUGUUUCAGGGUAAAACAGAAACAUGACCAACACUGUUUACAGGCGUGUGGAGCACUUGGGAGGGUUUGAUGUUUAUUUGAGUUGAAAAUUAGCUGAUGAAACUGUUGUGUAUUUUUGACUGCUGCCAUGUGUUCCCAGUUAAGAUUUCUGCUUAAUUCAAGCUCCCUCCCUCUUCUCCUCCAGCGCGCCCUGAUCCUCUUCUCUGUGUCCCAUGGGAUGGAAUUGGGAUUGGCUGGGAUUUCCCAAGCUCAGACCCCAGUUAUGGGCAGUAGCUGGGGGUGAGGAGUGGUCAUGGCCAAGGGCUGCCAUCAAACAGGGGGACAUGGGCUGCAGCCUGAUGGGCUGCGUGCUCUGUGCUUUGCUCUUGGGCAUCUCUACUUCUAGCUAUUCUGUUCCUACGCUUGUACCUGUAUGUAAAUGUUUAAGAGGUAUGUGUAAGUCUCCCCAGAAGUAAUGCCUCCUAUUUAUUUCCAUGGAAACGGCAACAGAUACAAAGAGCUCAAUAACACUGUUUGGUAGAGCAUGUUCUCAGCUACAAACCACUCCUCGUUAACUUAAUUCCUUAAUAACCUUAAUAGCCACUGCUAUUAGUUAGGCAUUGUUGUCAGUGAUGAACAAGAGCUGCAUGCUGCACUUAUAAGCACUUGCACAAGUCCCAUAGUCACUGUGCCACUGCUGGAAUGUACCAUGCACCUCUCACUGUGCCACGUCCAACGUUUGGGUGCCAUAAACAUUCAUCAGGUGCUGAGGAAUAUCAAUGGGUGCUGAUUUUUUCCACGCAGGGAGGUUCAUCCUCUGCUGCAAUCCUACCAACAUCUGCCUCUGACACUGUGGGCUGAUGUCACAAAAUAGGAGGCAUUACUUUCAGAGCAGCCCUGUUCAGAGGGGCUGAGUGAUGUCCAUGUAUUGGAGAAGGGUGUUCUGGCUUGGGGGUUUCUAAAGGGAAUGCCUCUACACAGAGGUGCUGUUGAGGGCUGUGUGCUGUCCCCCAGCUCCUUCCCCAGAGCCGUGCCGUGCACAGCCUGCCGACUGCUGAUUGACUUUUAUUUGCAGAAUGCUCUUAGCAAGCCAAAAAGUAUUUCAAACAAAGCCAAAAUCUCAACCAUGUGUUGUCAUCCUCAGAAUUACACUCAUCAGGGGAAAAAAAAAAAAAAAAUCAGAAAAACCCCUCUGGGAAAUGAUGAAUCAGUAAACAAGUAAAAGGCAAUUGUCAUCUGUGUGCACCCUGCAGAGGGAAUUCCGCAGCCCCACCACAGUGAUAGAAGCCUUUCACCACCAGGAUGCUGCACCAAAGGGCUCCUCCAGUGCUGGCGAUGGCUCUGCAGCCCAUCUCCCUCCUCUCCCUGAUGUUGGUGUGGGGCUGCGUGGCCGCCUCCUCCCCCUGGCACACAGCAGUUGCUCCCCCCCUAGACCUUCAGAUCAUCGAUCCCGGGCUUUUAGGUCCUCUUGAUAUCGAGUGGAAACCUCCACCCAACAUACAGACCUCCAAUGACUGCACAGUGAAAUACAAGUGUGAAUACCGUAACGCUGGCGACAGAGAAUGGAAGGUUAUUUUUACUAGGAAACUAAAACUCAGAGUUGGAUUUGACCUCAGCAGGAUUGCUGAAGUGAAGGUCCAGACCCUGCUCAAAGGAUGGUGUACCAACGACGUGGAGCUUCAGAGUGAAUGGGUUCAUGCCACCUUUCGAGUCCCACUGCAAGGGAAACUGGAAUCUGAGGUUCAGAAUUUUCACUGCGUCUAUCAUGACUGGGAAUACCUCAAGUGCACAUGGCAACCAGGUCUCCUUGCUCCUCGUGGUGUAAAUUAUGGACUAUACUAUUGGUAUGAGGGUCUGGAGCACGCGGUGCAGUGCGACAACUAUAUCCAGGAUCAUGGUAUAAACAUGGGCUGCAUGCUGCAAAACCUGAGCCAGGCAGAAUACAGAGACCUGAGCAUCUGUGUCAAUGGGUCAGUAGCAGGAACCUCGCUGAGGCCUCUGUAUGCCACCCUGCGCCUUCACAACCUGGCCAAGCCCUCGCCCCCCCAGCAGCUGGUGGUCUCCAUGUCUGCAGCUGAGGAGCUCCGUGUGGUGUGGAGCCCACCUGGUGGCCAAACACCCCCCCAGUGCCUGGAAUACGAGGUGCAGCUGGCAGAGGAGCAGAGGGAGGCCAAGGCUGCCUGGGCGUCCAUGCCCACCCAAGUGGAAACCGCUUUCACCAUCUCCAGAGCAAAUCAGAGCCGUGUUUCUUGUGUCCGUGUCAGAGGGAGAACGAACAGUUUCUGUGCUGAUGAGGGCUUCUGGAGCGAAUGGACACAGGAGUGCUUCUCUGUAACCAGAAAAGAAGUCAAGCAGCUAUUUAUCCUCAUUCCAGUCAUCCUGGGGUUGUCAAGUAGCCUCUUAAUAUUUAUGUUGAUUGGCCAAUGCAAGAAAAGAUCCCCAGCAGGAAAACCAUUGCACACGUUGGUGGGAUGCUAAGUGCAUCCAUGGCUGCUGUGUUUGAUGGGCUGCUCUCACAUCAUCCCAAGGACAGCCAAGAAGCCCGGAGCUUUCUAGGCCAGCGUGGGUCUCCCCUGCCCUGUGUGAGGCUGGCAGUCACAGUGCAAUCCUCAACAGGCCCAGGAAAACAGGGGAGGAGCUGUAAACUGACUGGAGCAAACCGUUUCUAAUAACAGGGCAAAAGAGAAAAAGAAGGCAUGGAAAUCGUGAUGAAUAAAGAUAAAUAGAACUCGCAGAGCAACAUGUCAUUUGUUUAG